AUGGCAGCAAAAGAGCAGUGUAUAGCUGAAAACAAUGAUCUGAUAAUUUGUCAUCGCUACCGAUUAGUACAUAAAAUAGGCAAUGGUACCUUUGGAACAGUAUUGUUAGGAAUUGAUUUAUUCGAUCAUAGUGAAGUCGCCAUGAAACUGGAAACGAAAGCUAAAGACAACAGCAGAUUGUUGCAUGAAUAUCACAUUUAUAAAAAUUUCAAAGAAGAAAUAGGAUUUCCCGAAGUCCUAUGGUGUGGUAAUCAGGGUGAUUUCAAUAUAUUGGUAAUGGAACUGCUAGGUCCUUCAUUGGAAGAUCUGUUCAAUUUUUGCAGUCGUCUUUUUAGUCUAAAAACGGUUUUACUUCUAGCAGAUCAGCUGCUUUCAAGGUUGCAAGCACUGCAUUUGGCGGGCAUUAUUCAUCGAGAUGUCAAACCUGACAACUUUGCUAUGGGUCUUGGUGCAAAACAGAACAUCGUUCAUUUAAUAGAUAUGGGUCUGUGUAAGAAAUAUUUGAUCCCGGCAGAACCAGAAAUUCGAACAGAGAGUACGAAAAAAUAUUCGUUCUGUGGCACCAUACGUUUCGCCUCGCCAAAUGCUCACUGUGGUUUUGCGUUAAGUCGCAGGGACGAUUUGAUUUCGUUAGCAUACACUCUUAUCUACUUCCUCAAAGGUGAACUACCAUGGUUUAAAUACAAAACUCAUUCAAGAGAACAAUAUACUGAACUCGCCGGCCAUUUAAAAAACCGACUGACCGUUGAAGAACUCUGCAAUGGUUGCCCAGAAGAAUUCAAGACGUUUUUGAAGUAUUGUUAUGAACUGAAGAUCGAUGAAACUCCAGAUUAUGGACGAAUGAAGCAGAUCUUUUGGAUGUUGUUCGUCAAAAAACACUUUAUUUUUGACAAUUUAUUUGACUGGAAUCUUUACAGUAGCUAUGUUGGUCCUGUAGUGUUGUCACGUUAG